AUGGAUAAUCGUGGCAGACAAGCGCCUGCAAACAAAACUCCUGGAGAACAGAUACAAGAGAAAAUGGAAGAAAGCAAUAAAGUGCCAGUAAAAUUAAACAUUUAUAAGAAAGUGUUUGGUACAGAAUAUAAUUUAGCGUUCUAUCACCCCAAGAAGGAUCAAUGUAGCAUUUGUAACAAUUACAAAAAAGAUAAAACUAAUAUAAAUAUUCAAAAUGAGUAUACUCAACAUAUAGAGCGAAAAGAGGCAUCUUAUAGAUCUAAAGAGCUGGAUAAAAAGAAGUCGGGAGAAGAUGAAUCAUAUUUUUGUGUCACCAUGGACUUGCAAAGUCUACUGCAGAUUCCAUCGACUGCAGAUAGUCUAAUGUAUUAUUCCAGAAAAUUAAAUUUAUAUAAUUUAUCUAUUUAUGAGUAUAAACCUCCAUAG